AUAUUACAUCAUUAAUCUAGAAGAUUCGAAGCCCUUCGAAAGCGUUGGUAAAGAGUGUUUGUUGGUUGGUGGAAGCAUGUGGUGUAUGCCGGGUGUGUUGACGGUUGCCGAAAGAGGUAAGUUGGGUGUAUACGCCAAGCUUUAGUGUGUUGUUCGUCGGAAGUAUAAGAAGGGUGGGAUGUCCGCUCUUUUUCCUUUUUCCUUUUCCAUUUUCACAUUGUUCUCUACUUUGGUGUGCGAUCUAUGUGGCUAGUAUGUCUGUUAGUGGUGACGGACACGAGUUCAUGGAGGUGAAGAAACGCUUGGGUGGUGGGAAGUCGCCCGGGGGCGAUGAGCGCGAGUAUGACCUUGGUACAAAGAAGCUCGACGGGACUUUACACGCCAAGCAUGCCUUUGUUACCUUUGAGAACAGUAAGAUUCUCAGCGCGGGGGAAUUUCAUCGGCGAUUUCAGGUGAAAUUCCCAACGGCGGAGAUGUUUGGUUCUCGAGAGUGGCAUGCGGAUGGGACCUCCCAUUACCACGUGGUGAUGCGGUUUCCUCGUCGAAAACAUUUCACGAACACGAGGAAGAGUUUAUUGUUGGAUGGUGAGGAUGGUGAGGUGGUGGUUCGGGUGAGCGUGAACAAGUCUAUUCGGAGUUUUCUGGAGGGUACCCAGGCGUAUUGUGCGAGGGAUAACAACCCGGAUACGUUUGGGACAUGGAUGGAUCCUCGUACUAGGACAGGGACACGUGCGAAGCAGAAGGACAGGGAGGCAUUGGUGGAGAGUGAGCCUCGUGUUAGGAUCACGCCACGUACGAAGCGGAAGCACGAGGCACUGGCCGAGGCCAAGAGGAACUAUGAGACUAAAAGGCAGAAGCUGCGGGAGACGGAUCCUCGUCGUAUCCGCUUGACGGUCUAA